AUGGACGGCGCUUCGUUGUCGUCAUCUACGCGCGGCAGCUUGCAGUAUCGAUCCAACACGAAUUUAGAUGCACGCAAAUCGGAUUGGGUCUCGUUAUGGUUUUGCAAUUUGCUGUUGUACGCCAAUGGGCUCCAGAUGUCAUUAUAUUUCACGUCGAUGUGGCCAUAUUUGUUGAAACUCGACCCUAACGCUCAGCUGCCAUUCUUCGGCAUCAUUUUAUCGAGUUUCAGUUUCGGACAGGCGAUUGGCUCGCCAAUUUUCGGCACGUGGACCCAAAAAUCGGAGCGCUUCAAAGUGCCGAUCUCGACGGGUCUGGUGAUAUGCGCGACGGGAAAUCUGUUCUACGCGCUUCUGCCGACGAUCGAUUGGGAGCCGCAAUGGAUGAUGUUGGUGGCGCGCGUGAUCGUCGGCGUCGGCGCCGGCAAUCUGUCGGGCUUGCGAGCCUACACGUCGGCGUGCUCGACAUUGGAGGAUCGCGGACGAGCCGUGUCGCUCUCGAUUGGCAGCAUGGUGACCGGAAUGCUCACCGGACCAAUUCUUCAGACGGCUUUUGCGUUCAUCGGCGACGGUGUUCGAAUAUUCGGCACGAUCGACAUCGAUUGCUACACGUCGCCGGCGUAUUUCCUCGCGAUUUUCCUAUUAUUGAUGGUCGCCAUCGUUUUUGUGUAUUUCAGCGAAAACUACGCCGGCAUAAUCGACGAGAAGGCCGAACAAUGUGAUGUCAAAAUUCCGGAUUUCGAUCGUCUCGCCGCGUUCACCUGCAUCUAUUUGUGGUUCGUCAUUCAGACGAUCGCCGUCAACAUUGAAUCCCUAUGCACGGUGUUCACAAUCGCAAUGUACAAUUGGACGUCGCACGAGUCGAUCAUCUACAACGGCUACAUCGAGACCGCCUCAUGCUUUAUCUCCGUAUCGCAAUAUCUCGUGCUAGGACUCACACGAGUCGGCAAAUUAGACAAACGAUAUCAUAUUAUAUUCGGGACGAUCGUCUUCUCGAUUUACUACCUCGUCCUUCUACCGUGGCCGUUUUAUACCGGAAAACUCGACUAUGAUCCGAAUGCGACCGACGGCGCGUGCACCUACGCGUGGUGCCAAUAUGUGCCGAGGGUGCCAUUCAUCGCCUACCUUUUUGUGUAUAUUGUCUGUUUCGGCAUCGCUUUUCCCUAUAUCGGAAAUUCGAUUGGAACGCUUUACUCGGAGAUUUUGGGACCUCGACAACAGGGAACAAUGCAGGGAGUGUUCGCGUUUGUUGGAAGUGUCGGACGGUGUUUUGCGCCGUUGGCAACCACCGCGAUUUUCAACGCUAGCGGCUACACGUGGAUCAGCGUCGAAUUGCUGUGCUUCGUCCUAUUCGGCGGUUUUUUGUGCAUUUUGUUCUGGAAGCGACUCGUGCCGCUGAAAUUGAUCAGCGUCUCGACCGUUUAUAAAGACGCCUAA